UUGUUGUUUCCCGGCACGAUGACCGAUGGUCCGAUGAUGACGAUGACGGAUGGUGAGUGCGAGGAAAAGCGUUGUUCGAAUUGGAAAAUUCGCUCCCGCUCGCGCUCGCUCUCUCUCUCGCACACACCAUCAACUCGCGGAAAAUUCGUCUGUGUUUCACUGUUUUGCGGAUUGGAGCAGCACCAGCAGCAGCAGCAAAUUUUGCUCGGUCGUUUCGAGUUGCAUCCACAUCCAGAGGAGGAAACCUGUGAUAAUUUACGGUGUUUAUUCGCGGACGGAUUUCGGGAUUCGGAAACUCGGCGAAUUGUGCUCUCGGGUGUGCGUGCGUGGUGAUCUGAUUGCGGAUCUGUUCCCGGGAAUCGCGGGCGAGCACCGAUAUCCUUGCCUCGAUCGAAGUAGGCUGGAUAGAAGUGGUGGAAGUUUUCCCAGCGAGUGGUCGCCUACUAGGUUGCCAAGUCAAGCAGCUAGGCAAGGGGUGCCCCAACAGGAGCGCCACGGCCAGCAGUGGAACAGUGUGUUGUGCGAAGCUGUGCGCGAGUGUUGGUGAAAAGGUACGAGAUUUCCACAGAAACGGGGUUUUCCGGGGCUCCAGAAGAAGAAUCCUACCGUUUGUGGAAACAGGUGCUGAAACGCUUCAGUAGUUGAUCCGGAGAAGAAAAACAUCGGUGCUAGACGAACAGAACAAUCGGCGGGUGUGAAGAAGAACGGUGAAGCGCAGUGGAACAGUGCUAAACGCGUAGAAGCACGUUGACCGUGAGGAAGAAGGCUUUAAAGCUUCGGAAGAAGGUUCGAGUGGUGGUGCGGAGAGAUAUCGCUUUCGCCGAGAGCCAAAAUCGCUUUUUGUAACAUUUUAUAAGUGACCGUCGUCGUCGUCUCGAGUGGAAUCUGUGGUGCGAAGAAUCCGUUUUGUCGAAGUUAUCGAGAGUUUAGUUUUCUAAGAAAAGCACUUUUUAACGAGCAAACUUGAAUCUAGUUAAAGUUGAUGUCAGUGUCUAGCGAAUAAGAGAAUUUUAAUCUAGCUAAAAUAAGUUUAUUUUUCUACUCUAAAUAAAUCUAUGAAGUUUCUGCUAGUAAAACUGUUUAACAAAUAAUAAGUGAAACGUUUGAAAAGAUCGUAUCGGUGAAGAGUCUGUUUGUAUGCUGCAAUUGACCUGCAACUAGUUGAACUUGAAGAAGAAUCUCCGAGAAUCAAACUGACCGUUCAAGGGUUGGAAAUCGCGCGCGUGUGAAGGUGAAUUUGAACCGCUUCUUAAAUGGGUGAUUUCAUGUACGGAGGCUCGGUCCUGACGAAUGAUUCGUGUAUGUCCAGCCAAUCGCUGCUCGACACGUUGAGCAUUAACAAUCUGCUGAACAUCAAGCACCUAUCCAACGGAGCGGGCGGUGGUCUAAGUCCCUCGGCGUCGGAGCCCUCGUCGAACGUUGGCAAUUCCAGUGUGGACUCAAUCGUCGAUAACAACAACUCGUCGAACGGCGGCUGUAUAUCGGGAAAGAAGUCAUCUAUGUCCACGACGACAAGCAUGGCAUCAUCCGGAGGCAGCGGCGUUGAUGAGACCGGACUGUUGAUUGCCCAUUCGCAAAUCGCAUCCAGCAACUCGGCUGUCACCAUUCCAACCAUCACGACAGCCAUCUCGUCCGAAUGCUCACUGACAGCAUCCAGCGUCAACACUCUGUCACUCCAGUUGAACGCAGGCCAGUCCGAUGACGAUACAUCGACCUCCUCACUGCUGAACGGUGGAGGCUCCGGGACUUCACCAAUCGCUUCCCUCAACAGUCACAGCAACAAUAACAACAAUCCCAACGCCACCAACAACAAUCUCCUAAUGGAAAACUCCGAUCUACAUCUUCCCAGUGCUGCCGAAGAACUCAGUCUCAAGGCAGCCGAUCUGAGCUGCCUAAGCGUGACUUCCAGCCUCAUGAACGGCGGAUCCUCUUCGCACAUGAUUCUUCCUCCGAACGGCCUCAACUUCGGAACCGCUCCGGACCACAGCCCUUGGUCCACCAGCAUCGACGACCCGACCACCGCUGCCAGCUCCCAUCUCUCCAUCAACGGCCUCGGUGGAUUCCAGAACUACUCCAACAGCCACCUGUACAACGGUGCUGCCGUCGCAGCCGCAGCAGCCGCCGCCGCUGCCCAGCAACAACGCCGUGCCAUCACUGCUUCCCACGGAGGAUUCCCCCAUCACGGCCUCUCCCCCAACAACCCUCAAAAUCACAUGCUCCAACACCAUUCCUCAUCCAACCCCCAAUCCCAACCCCAACAAUCCCAGUACAAAAACUCCUACCCAACCUGGUCCAACCCUGCCCCGACCCCCUGGUCCCAACAACAACCACCCCAAAACCCCCAGAACCCCAUGAACUCCUGGAACCGUGGUCGCUCCGUUCCCAACAUGAACCUCGGCAACACCCUCUCGAACCCCCUCCACCCACGCAAACCCCACAACUCCCAACAGCAAUCCCUCUCGCCGUACUCCAACCACCUGCACCAGUCCGCACCGCAGCAACCGCACCUCCAGCAGUCCCUCGCCUCCAACCUGAUCAACUCGCCCUCCAAGUACCGUCGAAGCACUUCCUACCCGGCGGGCAAAUCCGGUCUACCCAGCGCCGGAAACGGCGCCGCUGGCGGCGGUGGUGGCCCCUUCGGUGCCGGUCCGCUCGAUUGCGUCCCGCCGCUGGACGACACCCGUGAUCCGUUCCUGUCGUCGUAUCAGGACCGCACCGGAUUAAACAAUGGAUUAGACAUGCGCUCGCUCGAGCACUGCCUCAGCGAUAUCAUGCGAAACGUUGGUGAAGCCUCCCAGCCGGACCAUUUGAAAGGAUUCCUUAACUGCAACACAAACACCCUACAGUCGUUAGCUCAACUACAUGGAAAACUUGACUUCCACGAAUUCAUACCAGGCAAACCGUUCUUUUCCGGACUGGACGAGCACAUUUCGGACGAUGCCGGAGGGUUUAUCGGCGGAGGUAACGGCGGCGGCGGCGGCGGCAUCGGUGGCAACAACCAUCACCAGCACUCGUCGUCGCACCUGCACCAGCAACAGCACCAUCAUCAUCACCAUCACCACCACCAGCUGACGGCACUCGGCGGAUCGCCGGCGCGCUCGUCGCCCCACUCGAAUGGGUCCGAAUCGACGGAACGGUUCAGCCGGAAGGUGUUCGUCGGCGGGCUGCCCCCGGACAUCGAUGAAGAGGAAAUCACCACGUCAUUCAACCAAUACGGAGCACUCGUCGUCGAUUGGCCCCACAAAGCCGAGUCCAAGUCGUACUUCCCGCCCAAAGGAUACGCGUUCCUGCUGUUUCAGGUAGGUGGUGGUGGUGGUAAUGGAAAGCCCCCAUGGCCGCAUUGCAUAGCACUGGGUCGUGAUUUCCCUGCGUUCUAUCCCGUCGUCCCGGCGAAUGAAAUGCGAUUUAUAUGAAACGGAAAUUGAAGCACUGAUAUACCGAGGCGCGGAUUACAGCUGGGAAUUUCUCGCUCUCCAUUCGGAAGGAUCGAAACGAUUCUAUUGAAAAUAACAAAUUUAUGGAUUGCUUGACGCCUU